AUGUUCACCGUACAGACCGUCUCAGCGAUCUACAACAGCGCAGCGGUUUGGGGUAUCGAAACUUCGUGUAUGACAGUUAUCCUUCACGUGUCGGGUCAAUUUAAGUUAAUUAAAACGUGGAUUAAUAAUAUCGGAGUGAAGAUCAAGAAUGAACCGAAGGAUCACUAUUAUAAGUGUCCGCCGGAUAUUGAAGAUGGCUUGGUCAGAUGCAUUCGUCAUCAUCAGAGAUUGGUCAAUGUGGUGAACGAAUUGAACGAUCUGCUAAUCCCCAUCAUCUUCAUCCAACUCCUCACGAGCGGCAUCAAGAUCUGUUUGAGCGGAUUCGCGGUUAUGAAUAACAACACGAAUGCCGAAUUAAUUAAAGCCGUUCUUUAUUUAUUCGGGAUGACGACACAGCUCCUGCUGUAUUGUUACCCCGGAGCUGGUUCCCUCGUACUGACAAUUGGACAAACUUUCUUCAAAACCGCGUAUCUUCUGACGAAGAAAGAAAGAGCAUGCAGACUCUUAGACGAACUGAGAAGCCUUUGGAACUCGACUGACGAUCCUGUCGAAAAAAAAUCGUAUGAAGUGUUCGCUUACUGGGGUAGAACAUGCACCAUAGCCUUCUUCGUGUCAGGAAUGUCAACCACCUCCAUGUUCAUGAUAUCUGGCGUUGUGGAUUCUCUUAAUCAACAAGACCUGGACAAUAUUAGCAAUCGACACUUGCCAUACGAUGUCUGGCACGAAAUGGAAUACUUGGAAUCACCCGAAUUCGAGUUGAUGUACGCCGGCCAGAUCAUGGCAUCCUUUAUUUGCUGCUUCGGAGUGCUUCGGACUUUGCGGUCUGGAUGUGUGGUGGAGGAUGUCAACACAUUAUUGGCACCCAUUAUUUUCCUUCAACUCCUUACUGGUGGCAUGCAGAUUUGUCUAAGCGGAUUUGCAGUGCUCAGCAAUAACGCGGGAGAUAACCUUAUCAAAUUCAUCGCUUACUUAGCAUCGGUGACGAUACAGAUCGUAAUGUACUGCUGGCCCGGAGAGAUUCUCAUUCAGGAAAGUCAGAAAGUGGGUCACGCUGCGUACUUGAAUGUACCGUGGUACCAACUGCCACUGUUUCAUCGGAGACAACUGUUACUCAUAAUCAUAAAGUCGCAGAAGUAUUGCUGCAUAUCUGCAUUGACGUUUAAGUCGCUGUCUAGUCACACUUUGACGAACAUUUCGUGGCAACUAAUGCACCACUACUGCAAAGUCUGUAAAGAUGUCAGUAACACUGUAAAGUUACCGAUCAGAGUCCUCGCUGUUCUUUCCGUAAAAAAUGAAAUGGAAGAAAUAACUUUGCUACCCUAA